GAAGAUGCAACAUUAUUGCGGAUGUCCGUGCGUCGACCAUUCGUGACGGACGCGCGCACGCAGCCCAUCACGCACCGCACUCGUUAAGGUGGCCGCGAUGCGGAGCGGACAUCGGCGUCUCUGAAAGCAGGGAGAGUCGCCCCCCCCCCCCCUCCUCCCCUUCCUCCCUCCUCCUCUUCCUCCUCCCCCCGCGUGCCCGUGUGCCCGCAACGGAACCCGAUGAUCUCCGCCGGACCGGAGCCGCCGACGUCGACGAGCCCUCGCGGAGCCGCCUGAGGCCGCAGGAUGCAGGUGAGAGAUGCGGUGUGCACGGAGCAGCGCAUCAGCAGCGACGAGCCGGAGCAGGAUGACGUCAGCCAGAAGAAGACGUCAUGCUUCUCCAACAUCAAGAUCUUCCUGGUGGCGGAAUGCGCGCUCAUGUUGGCUCAGGGCACGGUGGGCGCGUACCUGGUGAGCGUCCUGACCACCCUGGAGAGACGCUUCAACCUGCAGAGCGCCGACGUGGGCGUGAUCGCCAGCAGCUUCGAGAUCGGCAACCUGGCCCUCAUCCUCUUCGUCAGCUACUUCGGCGCCAAGGCCCACCGGCCGCGCUUGAUCGGCUGCGGCGGCAUCGUCAUGGCGCUGGGGGCGCUGCUGUCGGCUCUGCCCGAGUUCUUGACCCACCAGUACGAGUACGAGGCCGGGGACUCGUGGCACGCCGAGGACGGCCGGGACGUGUGCUCCAACAGCACCCGCUCGGACAACAAAGACUCGGCGUAUAAAUGCGGCGACCGCGCCAGCACCAACAUGAUGUACCUGCUGCUGAUCGGGGCCCAGGUCCUGCUGGGCAUCGGGGCCACGCCUGUCCAACCCCUGGGGGUGUCCUACAUCGACGACCACGUCCACAGGAAGGACUCCUCCUUGUACAUAGGGAUUUUAUUUUCCACGUUAGUGUUUGGACCGGCCUGUGGCUUCAUCUUAGGCUCCGUCUGUACCAAAGUCUACGUGGACGCCUUCUUCAUCGACACCAGUACGCUGGACAUCACCCCAGAAGACCCUCGCUGGAUCGGGGCGUGGUGGGGGGGCUUCCUCCUGUGCGGUGCCUUACUCUUCCUGUCGGCCCUCUUCAUGUUCGGCUUCCCUCAGGCCCUGGACCAGCAGGUUCUGGACGGCGAGAGCGAGCAGGCCAUGUUGCCCUCGCCCCUCAGCCUGGACUACCAGGCCUCCAGGGGCGUCCACGGCUUCGACAUCAACAGCGGCCUGUCCGUGUGCCAGCACCUGAGAGUCAUCCCCCGGGUCACCCGCCACCUGCUGUCCAACCCGGUGUUCAGCUGCAUCACGCUGGCCGCCUGCAUGGAGAUCGCCGUGGUCGCCGGCUUCGCCGCCUUCCUGGGCAAGUACCUGGAGCAGCAGUUCAACCUCACCACCUCCUCGGCCAAUCAGCUGCUAGGAAUGACGGCCAUCCCGUGCGCGUGUCUGGGCAUCUUCCUGGGCGGGCUGCUGGUCAAGAAGCUCAACCUGUCGGCCCUGGGCGCCGUGAGGAUGGCCAUGAUGGUCAACCUGGUGUCCACCGCCUGCUACGUCUCCUUCCUCUUCCUGGGCUGCGACACCGGCCCGGUUGCCGGGGUGACCGUCGCCUACAGCAACGAGACUUUGCGCUCGUGGCAGCGUCCGGAGUCUCCGUGCAUCAGCAGCUGCAACUGCUACACGGCGUCCGUCAGUCCGGUGUGCGGCGCCAACGGCGUCACUUACCUCUCCGCCUGCUUCGCCGGAUGCACCAAAGCGAACCUGACCGGAUGCGCGUGCGUCUCCGCCACCGGCGACGAGGCGGUGGCUCUACCGGGGAAAUGUCCGAGUCCCGGCUGCCAGCAGGCCUUCCUCACCUUCCUGUGCGUCAUCUGCCUGUGCAGCAUGAUCGGCGCCAUGGCGCAGACGCCCUCCGUCAUCAUCCUCAUCAGGACGGUGAGUCCGGACCUGAAGUCGUACGCUCUGGGCGUCUUGUUCCUGCUCCUCAGACUGAUUGGCUUCAUCCCGCCGCCGCUGAUCUUCGGUAUGGGCAUCGACUCCACCUGCCUGUUCUGGAGCUCGGUGUGCGGCGAGAAGGGCGCGUGCAUGUUGUACGACAACGUGGCCUACCGCCACCUCUACGUCAGCAUCGCCAUCGCCCUCAAGUCCUCCGCCUUCCUGCUCUACGCCACCACCUGGCAGUGCCUGCGCAGGAACUACAGGAAGUACAUCAUGAACGGCGAGGGCUGCCUCACGCCCACCGACCUCUUCUCCUCCAACCUGACUCUGGACCAGCUGGGCAAAGACUCCGCCCACAGCCCCGCCUCCGGCAGGACCAAGUACGUGUACAACCUGGACGACAACGCCGAGUCCGUCUUCUAGUCGCCGUGACGACGCUCCGUCACUCAGAGCCUCCACUUCCUGCGCCCAAAUAGUCCUUCCUUUCAUUCUGCGCCG